GAACCAAACAGCCCAGAGGACAAACAGCAUCUACAAGAUCCACAAUGGCUAGGCUCUGUGCUUUCCUGAUGGCCCUGCUGCUGAUGAGCUACUGGUCAACCUGCUGUCUAGGAUGUGACCUGCCCCAGACUCAGAAACUCAGAAACAAGAGAGCCUUAACCCUCCUGGUACAAAUGAGGAGACUCUCCCCUCUCUCCUGCCUGAAGGACAGAAAGAACUUUAGAUUCCCCCUGGAGAAGGUGGAUGCCCAGCAGAUCCAGAAGGCUCAAGCCAUCCCUUUUGUGCGUGAGCUGACCCAGCAGAUCCUGACCCUCUUCACAUCAAAGGACUCAUCUGCUGCUUGGAAUGCAACCCUCAUAGACUCAUUCUGCAAUGACCUCAACGAUCAGCUCAAUGACCUGCAAGGCUGUCUGAUGCAGCAGGUAGAGAUACAGGCACCUCCCCUGACCCAGGAAGAUUCCCUGCUGGCUGUGAGGAAAUACUUCCACAGGAUCACUGUUUACCUGAGAGAGAAGAAACACAGCCCCUGUGCCUGGGAGGUGGUCAGAGCAGAAGUCUGGAGAGCCCUGUCUUCCUCAGCCAAGUUGCUGGCAAGCCUGAAAGAAGAGAAGUGAGUCCUGAGCCAAAGUGGAGAGGACUCUCCUGGACUAGAACACUGUACCUCACUGCUCAGACU